AUGGACAAUCAAACAAUUUUGACUGCGGAAAAUGUGACCGAAGAGAGUUGUGAUUUUUCAAUGGAAACAAGGAAAAUAUUCGUGAGGUAAGUUGCAAUUAUCCAGGAUUUAUUUUGUUCCCAAAUCCGAUUUUUUGGGAAAAAAUGCACAAAGUUCAACUGAUUCAAGUGACUGAUAUCUUUGCUUUUUUUGAAUAUAUACAUUUUGUUUCUUUUUUUUUUGGAAACAAAAAACAUCUAGAUACAAACAUUUUUACUUUUUCUCUCUAAAUAUUACUUAGUUUCCAGAACUCGUGAAAUCAAGAAAAAAAUAAAUUAAAUAGAAAAUUAUGAGAUAAACGUUUUGUUUUUCAUUUCUGCCCGGAAAAAGCGCAAUUCAUGCACUUUUUCCUAUUUUUUCCAUAUUAUCAUCCUUGAAUAACCAUGAAUUCUGUCACAGAAAGCUGGACGAAAAUAUAAUGAAUGAAUGGGUUUAGCAAAGAAUCAUCGUCUUUUUGCAAUCUUUUGUCUUCUCAAUGUCGAAACAAAACUUCUCACUUUUAAGACCCUAAUCCGUACUUUUCUUCAAAAAAAUGUUGGACCACAUGACAAUGGUCUUUUUCAAAAACUUUGUAUAUAUAAGUAUAUUUUUGAGGAGGAAAAAACUGAUUGAUGGAUGAACUGAAAAUUUGAACUUUUGCAUAAAACGACUAAAGUUUGAUUUAGCAUAAGUCAUAGAAUCAAAAGAGCACACAUAACCUGGAGUAAGAAGAAGAAUAGAAAAACAAUGUUUUGUGCUCACAUAAAUAAAAACAACAUUAGGAAUUUAUAUGUUUUUUUCAGCAUUGUUUCAUGUUUAUCAGUGGUUGGUUGUAUAUCAAAUGGCCUACUACUUUAUGUUUUUCUUUGUAAAACUGGACGACUCUAUCCGUUUCAAACAUUAUUGGCGAUCCUGGAUUUUAUGUUAUGUGUAUUAUAUAUCGAAUGUUUUGGCUUUCAACUUUUAUCAAUUGACUUACAAUCUGGUUGGUUCAUUUCUUUUUUGUUUUCCGAAAUAUUUGCCCUUUUUUGUUAAUUGCCUAAUUAAUUGUUUUGCUCUUUGUGAUGUUCGAAAGUGCUUUUUUCCAGAAGCGUUGUAUAAUUUUGUGAUGGAUAACAAUCUUUUAUCGAUUGCUAUGAGUAGAAUGGUUCAACUUUUGAUUCCUUACACUUUGAUAGCUAAUUCAGCGGAUAAACUGGCUAUGAUUUAUGGAAAAGAUGUGGAGAGCAAGUAAGUAAUUUUUGGUUGAGGGAGGAAACAACCAAAAAAAACAGCUACUAUAUAUAAACAAAUGACAUUUUUUGUACACAUUUUUGUGUUGCUAAUCCAGGAUCAUCUAUUCAUUCCCAAAAAAAUUAGUGGUGUUUUGAAGAAAUACGAGUCUACGAAGCUUCGUAGUAAGAACAAAAAAAGUCAGCUGUCCUUCUUUGUUUUAGCACUCAAUAAAACAUGUUAUGACUUUUUUGUCACACCGUUUGUUAAAAAUGGAAAGAAUUUGGAAAUUAAUAGCAAAUGAAUAGCAAAUCAGAUGAUUUAUAGGUUUUGUUGUUUUUCAGAAAAGCAUUUUAUUAUCGACUUUUGGUGAUGGCACUUUUGAUAACUGUUGGAAUAAUAUCACGUAUAGAUACAUUUUAUUUGUUCAAAAUUGUUACCGAUGUAAAUUGCCCCAAAUUUCGAGACAAAUGGAUGGGAAUCAAUGAAGAAUUGGUUGAGAGCACCAGAGAUUAUUUGCAGUCGUAUGAGAAAUGGUUAACUGUAAGUUGUGUCUCUGUUAUCACAGGUGUAAAACGCCCGUUUUCCUAUUGGGAAAAGCUUGCAGGUCAAAAUGUUGGUCUAGACAAUUUUUCAGAAAACUUUCACAAUUUUCUCUGAAGCUUGAUUUUCGAACUUCUAUAGAUUUCAAAAAAGAACAAUCUGCUGAGCUUCAAAAUUCCAAUUAUUUGAUAAUAUAUCAAAAAAAUAUUAUUCCAGUUCUUCCAUACAUUUGUCUCAUUUGUCGUUCUCUUUGGUCUCAAUUCAUUCAUUGUCUGGAAACUUCGGAACGAACAUCGAAGAACACGUCGACAAUCCACUUCUCCAGCUCAACUUUUUUCGGUAGGUUUUGUUUUGUUCUAAUAAGUUGUUAUUCUGCUUCAGCUAACAGAUUUUAUUCAUUUAGCUUUACUUUUUGCUUACUUACUUAAUCAAGAGGAAGCGAAAAAUGAAAACACUUGAAAAAUUUUGGAAUAACAACGCAAAUUUUUGUGAAACGAAAACUUUGAGGGAUAAUAUAUGUUUUACUCGCAUAAAGGACACGUAUAAAUGUGCUUGCGGGCAAUAGUAUAAGGUAAUCAAAUAAGAAAAACAUCUAUGUGAAACAUAUGAGGGAUCCAUGUUUUUUUUUCUUCGCAUUCUUAUGUUUUUUCCAGACCUCCGUUACACGGCUUCAAGUUGCUCAAACAGUUCGGGAACAACAAAAUAAAUUGCGAUGUGCAGUCAAAACUACUGUAGUUAUCAUAACUGCUUAUCUGUUUUGCAAUAGUUUGAAUUUUGCUUGUUAUGUAUGGGAAUCGUAUGGAGUUGUUGUAAGGACAUUAAAUUUAUUAUUUUAUGAGAGUUUGGUUUUUUUCAGCAACCUGAUGGAACAUUCAACCCACAUUAUCUGUUUUUAUCAGACAUUGCUACAGCACUUUUUGUAGCAUCAUCUUCUAUUAGAAUUUUCAUAUAUUAUAAAUAUAAUGGUGAUAUGAGGUAUCAGCUGUUUAUUUUUCUUCUUGAAAAAAAUAAACCUAUUUUCAGACGAUGCAUAAAGCAGACCGCGAUUAUCAAAUAUUUGAUUCCUGAAAAUCGGAAAACAAAACACGAUGUACUUCUCAAAACUGAUCUCUAA